GUUCAUUUGGGACUUAGGUCUUGCACAAGCCAGCCUUUUCUUCAUUCUGCUUGCUGCUGCUCGCCGGUGUGUGGUUGCCCCCUCACGUUUGUCAUUUUUAUUUUUUGUCAAUCACCGCUUAGGAAAUGAGUGGGGACCAUUCCCACAACGAGGACCAGAAUGACUGUGGCUCUCGGAUAAACGACUCCCACAGGCAUAAGUAUAAAGAACACAAACACAAGGACCACAAGAAGGAUAAAGAACGGGAGAAACUAAAGCAUGGCAAUGGUGAGCACUCAUCUGAAAAAAAACAUCGAGAUAAGGAGAAGAUGAAGCACAAGGAUGGAAGCACAGACAAAUUUAAAGACAAGCACAAGGAGAAAAAGAUGAAAAUUGUUGAUGGUAAAAUCAAAAAGGAGAAUGGAUUCGCCAGCCCGCCACAUGUGAAGUGUGAGCCUGACGAUGAUUUUUACCACUCGCCGAGACACGACAAGUCUCUAAAGAGAGAGCGGGAUGAUGACGAAGAUUAUGAUUUUAAACCCAAGAAAGUAAAGAUAGAAAACGACAGGAAGGACAAGAAAAGGAAAGCAAUUGAGGACGUCAAGCCUAAAAAGACAAAUAAAAAAGGAGAAACUGUUGAUGGAAAAAAGAAAGCAAAAAAGGAACCAGAAGAGAAGUGGAAAUGGUGGGAAGAGGAGAGAUACACGGACGGUGUCAAGUGGAAAUUUCUGGAACACAAAGGACCGGUGUUUGCGCCACCGUACGAGCCACUCCCCAGCAAAGUCAACUUCUACUACGAUGGUAAGCCGAUGAAGCUCAGCCCAGAGGCAGAAGAGGUAGCCACAUUCUUUGCCAAAAUGCUGGACCAUGAGUACACCACAAAGGACAUCUUUCGAAAAAACUUUUUUAAAGAUUGGCGCAAAGAAAUGACCGCAGAUGAAAAAGCUAAAAUCUCGGACUUGAAAAAGUGCAACUUCUCUGAGAUGUCGGACUACUUCAAGGCUCAGACUGAAGUCAGAAAGGCCAUGUCCAAGGAAGAGAAAUUGAAAAUAAAGGCAGAGAACGAGCGCCUCUUGCAGGAGUACGGCUUCUGCAUCAUGGACAAACACAGGGAACGCAUUGCUAACUUCCGCAUUGAGCCGCCCGGCCUGUUCCGUGGUCGCGGGGACCAUCCCAAGAUGGGCAUGCUAAAACGCCGGAUCCGACCCAAAGACAUUAUCAUCAACUGCAGCAAGGACUCCAAGCACCCGCAGCCUCCUCCAGGCACAAAGUGGAAAGAGGUCCGUCAUGAUAACAAGGUGACUUGGUUGGUGUCGUGGACUGAGAACAUCCAAGGCUCCAUCAAGUACAUCAUGUUGAACCCCAGCUCAAGGAUUAAGGGAGAGAAGGACUGGCAAAAGUAUGAAACGGCCCGCAGGCUCAAGAAAUGCGUGGACCGCAUCAGGACGCAAUAUCGCGACGAUUGGAAGUCCAAGGAGAUGAGAAUUCGACAGAGGGCCGUGGCGCUUUACUUCAUUGACAAGCUGGCUCUGAGAGCUGGAAACGAGAAAGAGGAAGGAGAGACUGCCGACACAGUAGGCUGCUGCUCCCUCAGAGUGGAACACCUCAAACUCUAUCCCGAGAACGACGGUCAAGAGUACGUAGUGGAAUUUGACUUCCUGGGUAAAGAUUCCAUCCGAUAUUACAACAAAGUCCCUGUGGAAAAAAGGGUUUUUAAAAAUCUUCAGUUAUUCAUGGAAAACAAAGAGCCAGAUGACGACUUGUUUGAUCGCCUGAAUACUUCGAUUCUCAACAAGCACCUUCAGGAGCUGAUGGACGGUCUGACGGCCAAAGUUUUCCGUACAUACAAUGCAUCAAUCACCUUGCAACAACAGCUCAAAGAGCUCACAAAUGUGGAGGAGAACGUUCCAGCCAAAAUCCUGUCCUACAACAGGGCCAACAGAGCUGUGGCCAUCUUAUGUAACCACCAGAGGGCGCCACCUAAAACGUUUGAGAAGUCCAUGCAGAACCUGCAGACUAAGAUCGAAGCUAAAAGGGACCAGCUGUCGGACGCCAGACGAGAGCUGAAGAGCGCCAAGGCCGAUGCCAAAGUACGGAGGGAUGAAAAAUCCAAGAAGGCCGUGGAGACCAAGAAGAAGGCCGUCCAGAGGAUAGAAGAGCAGCUGAUGAAGCUGGAAGUGCAGGCCACCGAUCGUGAAGAGAACAAGCAAAUUGCGCUCGGCACUUCCAAGCUCAACUAUCUUGAUCCUCGCAUCUCUGUGGCUUGGUGUAAGAAGUGGAGUAUUCCCGUUGAGAAGAUCUACAACAAAACCCAGCGCGAGAAGUUCGCCUGGGCCAUCGACAUGGCAGACGAAGACUUUGAAUUUUAAAUUCCAGGUUGUGGUUUUAACGCUACUUUUUAAUCGGAUACUUGUUUUUACUAUAAUGAUUUUUUUUCUCGAUGGACUGACCCGAUAAGGUUUUGGCAGGAAAAAAAAAAUGAGGCCACAUUUGAGUGGUAAUCUAAACAUCUGAUCUGCGAUCAGGCAUCAAGCUGAACUGAGCAUCAAGGCAUAGUGCCAGUAGUUGGACGACCCGCUACCCCACCCCUUCACAUUUUUCUCCCUGUGACGAUGCCUGAGCUUUGAACUCUGUGGUCCUAUUGCUUGUGUAUGAAGCAAAAAAAAGAGAAAAAAUGCUUUUUAUCAUUGUAUCUUCAUUCACUGUUUUUAUUUUAGCCCCUUUGUGUAUUAUGAAUGCAUCUAUAUUUUGAUAAAGUCAAAUCAAAUGAAUUCCUUAAUACCACCCACAAGCCUUUUGAGGACAAGGACAAAUGUGAGUUUGGCGUGUGAGUGAGCGAGCGAGCGAGCGUGCGUAUGUUUUAGAGGCCCCCGACCUUAAAAGCUGUCUGUUUUAGGGUGAUUAUUUUAAACUGGACUAUUUAAAAUGGUGUUUAGCAUGUGGAUGUGUGGGAAGUGGGCUAGCUUUUGGGGGUUGGAGGAACACUGCAACCAUGUUAACUUUUACUUAAGCAAGCAGAAUGUGAAUAUGUUUUACAGCCUCUCAAUCAGGGACUUUUAUUUUCAGUGUAAAUGUGAAUCAGUCAUAUUGAUCCUGUCACUUGCAAGUCCGCAUCCCCUGAAGCUGCUACUCGGCCCCCUAAAGUCUACAUUUGGGUUGAACUUAAUUUGUUUUUAAGAAAAAGAACCCCCCCCUGCCCAGUUACUUGAACUCAAUGUAUUUAAGUCUGUAAAAGGAAAAGUAUUUCUCAUUGGAGAAAAGCGUGUGAGGGAAAAUCGACUUUGCCAAAAAAUAAUCAAUCUGUUACGAUUUUAGCUAGUUGACUGUAUAAUGAGGUGAAAGCAAUGUAACAUUUUAAUGUGAAUUAAUUUUAUUCCACUCAUGAUAGGAAAGUUGAUGUAAGUAGUUGUUAAGUCAACAUCCUAUUCCUGUUUGACCUUUUGUCCUAGCAUUUGAUCAUGUUAAGUUGUAUGCUCAUCGUAGGUUAAGAAAAUAAAUAAACCCCCACACAUCAAA